AUGUUUGGUGAAAAAGUUUUACAAAGCGGUUGCAUAAAUAGCGCAACCCAAAACACUAACAAAACGGCUAAAGUAAAUAAUUUGAGAUUGCUCAACGAUUCCACACGUUUUUGCAUGAGCAAUAAUACCAGCAGCAGCCAAUGCAGCAGCAACUGCAUUAACUUGAACGUGUGGUAUUGUCGUCGUAAGUGCAACGACGUCAGCAACAAUAACAGCAACAAGAUAAGCACCCAACGCCCCUUAACACUUUUGCUAAUGACAAUGACUAUAAUGUUGCUAACACAAAUGCCCCAGAGCAGCUCAGCCGCUGUAUUAAGAGAAGAAAAUUCUUCUUCACUGACCAGUUCGGUGGAAGAAUCAGCGUCGGCAUGGGCAGCAGAAGAGGACUUAUUGCCCCAACACUUUCCAGAUUUGCAGCUCGACAGUGGAGUUCGUAAACGUAUUCGUCUACGUAAGCGAGAAAAUAAUAAAUAUUUUCAAAAUGAUUUGGAUGUAAAUUCAACAACUUUGGAAUGGGAGAAUCCAUGCAAUGGCGUUUAUGACCCAACUGAGGAACCACUCAAAAGACAAGCACCAAUGUGUAUUUACUUAAAUCAGCUUCGAGAAAGCGUUCAGAAUAAUUUAUCCCUUAACGAAACAUUGAAGGAAAUUGACAUCAGCGAAGCCUAUAUGUGGAGGAUGCACAGCGCGAGGUACAAGUUUCUGCCGAAAUUAAAGCAAAACUCAGACCAUGCAACCGUGCAACUGUGCAACUGUGCAGCAAGAAGCAUCAAGCAUAAGUGCAACUAUGCAACUAUGCAACAUCUUCCUGUUACUGGCAACAGCCAGUAUGAGUCUUUUGGUAUUGGCAGUAUGAUUUAUUCGGGCUUGGAAUUUGGUCAAUAUUUCGAACUGAAUCCUGAUACGAAAUGUCAUAAUGUUUUGCUGGCUCUGACCCCCGCAACACGCAUGGCAUUCAUUUUCAUACAAAUGUAUUUCAUCUUUUUGAAUAAUGAGCAAAUCAAAGUAUAUCGCUACAAAAUCAUCGCACGUUUCGGUUUGAUGCAUAUGAUUGGAACCAAUUUAGCGGUCUGGCUGAACGUAUUAAUACAGGAAACCAAACACGAAAUAUUGACCUUUUACAAUCCUGAAAAUCGUACAUUACGUAUAUCUCAUCGCAUACCAGGUCAUUCACGUGGACAUGGCGGACAUGCGCUCAUGGCCAGUGAUCCCACCGCACACCUGCGUCUACCACGUGGACUUAAAGGACCAUAUCAGAUCUUCGAAUGUCGCCGUACUAAUAUAAUUGGUACCUUAGUGCAAGAUGCUUCUCCAUUUCUCUUCCCAUGCACCAUUGAAUACUCGUUAAUUUGCGCAGCCAUUUUGUAUGUUAUGUGGCGUGGCAUUUCGCGACCACAGUCACCAACGCCACAACGACCCGAUACGAUAAGUUCGCCUUUAAAACGAUCACCACAUCAUUACUCUGUAGACUGCGCACGUGCACACAAGGGGCUCUUUGUUGGUAUACUGAUCCUAGUACUCACCAUCAUAUCGCUUAUACUUUUCUUUGUGCUGAUUUCGCGUCCAGAUUUCGUAGCUUUGGCUGUUACUGAGGUGACUAUAUGUGAGUUACUCAUCUAUGGUACCGCGACAAUAGCUACUCUAGUGGGUAUGAUACAAAUACGUCAUUUGCAGUAUGAUGCUUAUCGUAGCUUCUCUUUGGAUGACAUAUUAUUAGUAGGCGCACAAACUGGCUCAUUUCUGUACAAUAUAUUCACUGUAAUUGCUGGACAUUUCACCAUACGUAGUGAUGAUAUGCUUGUGCCACUCAAUGCUUUGGCUUCUAUUGUGCAAACUGCCUGUCAGACUAUGUUUAUACUGGACGCAAGUCGACGACAAGCUGUGACACCUGAGCAUAUACGCAAAAAGCCAGGUCGUGAAAUUGUCACUUUCAUGUUAGUCGUUAAUCUGGCUAUGUGGGCUAUAAGUACGUUAGAGAAAUCACGCGCAGAAUCACAUCCCAUACAGCUUAACUUCUAUGGCUUGUGGGCGUGGACUAUUAUCACGCACGUAUCAAUGCCUUUAGCUAUAUUUUAUCGUUUCCAUUCAACAGUUUGUUUGUGCGAAAUCUGGAAGCGCGCCUAUAAACUAAAACCCACGUACAUGUGAGAAAUGGCGCGCGAGCGCAUU